AAAACACAAAACUCAGGUGGCCUUUCAUCUUCUUCCUUCACCGGCUUCCAAAACAUUUCACGAACAGAGAAGAAGAAACAAACAAAACAUAAUAGAGACAAAGCACGAUCCAAAACAAAACGCAACAGCUACGGUGGGACGAUCCCUCGACUAUCCUCUGCUACUUGGACCUCCACGCAGCGCGGCCCCUCCUCAACCCAGAAGCAAUCCUUCAUUCCCAGACCAACGACGGUUGCCAGAAUGUGCGCAGCUUUAUUAGCCGAUCUUGGUGUAAAGCUUAUAUAUCACCGAUCUCGAGUCACCCUCCACCACAACAUUUUUAAAGCCGAGGUCCACCUCCAAUUCCACCGCAUGCACAGCGGCCUUUGCUUCAGCCUUGAAAGCCGAGGUAACAAAAUCGCUUUUCCUUCCACAUGCGCCUAAAAUAAGGCCUUCGUUAUUCCUUAUAGUCACUCCUGACCAAGCAAGUUUUGAUUGUGGCGAGAACCGAACAUCAAAAUUCGCUUUGACAACUUGUCCCUCUGGCGGCUUCCACUUCGCCUCAGGAGAAAUCACUGAUGUCUACAAACAUUCAUUAGCCCUGGAAAAAUCCAAGCACUGGGCUUGAGCAAAGACGAAUUUUUCAUUUGAGAAACAAACAACAGAUUGGAGUGAGCACAAUACUUUGAGUUCAUAGAAAGAAGAGAUUUUUCGGUUAUUUUUUGUUUGGGGUUUUGAUAAAUGUCGUCGACUGCUUCAUUGGAGAUGCAAGAACCCAGCAUCGACACAGAUAAAUUGAGUUACGAGAUAUUUUCGAUUCUUGAAAGUAAGUUUUUGUUCGGGUACGAUGAUCAUCAGAAGCUGUGGAUUCCGAAACCCGUGUCGCCAGCGCCUGAACCAUCGCCGUUGGGUCAUUCGGGCGAUGAGAAUCCGUCGUCGGCCAUCAAGAACCAGAGAGGUAAAAUCUGUAUCUUGAGCAUCGAUACCGGCGGCAUGCGAGGGAUUCUUAGCGGGAAAGCUUUGGCUUAUCUCGAACACGCGUUGAAAUCAAAGACGGGCAAUCCAAACGCUCGAAUAGCCGAUUAUUUCGACGUUGCCGCCGGUUCCGGAGUCGGUGGUAUCUUCACCGCCAUGCUUUUCGCCACUAGAGAUGGAAGUCGCCCGAUCUUUACCGCCGAGGAGACAUGGCGGUUCCUUGUCGAGAAUGGGAGACGGAUAUAUUGGUCCGGGAAGAGUAAACAAAACGGUAUUUUGAAGAAAUUUUUGAAAAGCAGUUCGACCGGAUCGGGUUCAACCGGUAUGGAAAAAGUGGUGAAGGAUGCGUUCAAGGCGGCCGACGGAAGGCGUUUGACGUUGAAGGAUACACUGAAACCAGUUUUGAUUCCAUGUUACGAUCUUUCCAGUUCGGCGCCGUUUCUGUUCUCGAGGGCGGACGCCUUGGAGACGGACGGUUUCGACUUCCUGUUAUCAGAUGUCUGUCGGGCCACCUCGGCUGAACCGGGUAUAUUCAAACCGGUUAUGAUGCAGUCUGUAGAUGGUCAAACCAAUUGCAUGGCGAUCGACGGCGGCUUGGCGAUGAGUAAUCCGACGGCCGCCGCAAUUACACACGUGCUGCAUAAUAAACAGGAGUUCCCUUUCGUCAGAGGGGUGGAGGAUUUGUUGGUGUUGUCACUAGGAACCGGUUCAUUACUCGAGAUAAGCUACGAAUAUGAAGAAGUCAAGAAUUGGAGGGUUAAGGAUUGGGCUCAACCGCUGGCUCGAAUAUCCGGAGACGGUUCGGCCGAGUCGGUGGACCAAGCCGUUGCCAUGGCUUUCGGACAAUGCAGAAGCAGUAAUUACGUAAGAAUUCAGGCAAAUGGGAGCAGCUUAGGGCGAUGUGGAGCAAACGUAGAUGCAGACCCCAGCCCCAGCAAUGUAAAGAUGCUGACGCGCAUCGCCGAAGAGAUGCUGAAGCAGAAGAACGUCGAAUCGGUGUUGUUCGGCGGAAAAACGUUGGCCGACCAAACCAAUUUUGAGAAGCUCGAUUGCUUCGCCGCUCAACUCGUGCUAGAACAUCAGAAGCGGAGCUGUCGGGUUGCUCCCACUGUUGCUUUCAAGCAACCUAACCUGAAAUCCACCCCCUAGAAAA